UAUAAUCAUAACUUUAUCUAACUACAAUGAAAUCUAACAAUGUUUAUCAUUUGAAUUUCACAGCUAAUUUCAGUGGUGCUUCCAGGUUCAUCGGCAUCACUAGUCCUUAUCUGACCUGGCCUGAUGCUCAGGCUUACUGCCGAACACAUCACACAGACUUGGCCAGCUCUCUUAACAGCUCAGAUAACAACUUCCUUUUGCAGCUGAGGGACAUCCAGGGUGAUUCCUGGUUUGGACUCUACAGAGAUACAUGGAAGUGGUCAGAUGGGACCAUCGCUUCAAAGCUACCAUGGACUUCUGGAGAACCUGAUAAUUAUCUUGUCAUUGAGAACUGUGCAUCACAUAUUAACAAAGUGUUUAAUGAUUAUUUAUGCAGCCAGCCAGCCUACUUCUACUGUCACACCAAUAAAGCAGAAACUGGAGGAACAUGGCAUGAUGGAGAACACCACAGUGACCUGGAGGGUGCAGCCAGAUGGAAACGUCUUCAACAAGAAAAACAAAGAUGA